AUGCCUUUUCAGCAAAUCAGUGAUCUUCUACAUAAUAAAUGGCGUCAUUUACUUCAAGCUUGUCAGCUGAUAUUUUUAUGGUCGCCUAAAGUUCAUCGAAGCAUAUUCUUCAAUCCACCUGUAUCAUCUACAAACAGUGGACUACUAACUAAUCAAAAUUCAAGUACAACUGAUGAAAAUACUCCAGUCUCACCGAGUUUUUCUACACCUCUUCCUCCUCCUACCCCAGAUCCAUUAGCUGCACAAGCAUGUGAUGCUCGACUUGGUAUGAUAGCAGAUGAUUUAAGAAUACGUCGGAUACCGUGUCGUAGUAAGCAUAUUACUUAUACACAUGUUAAAGAAUUACACAAAGAACUGUCAACUUUUGAUGUUUACGAUCCUGAUGCUAAUCUUGAAUUCCUUAGUCAAUCUGGUCGUAAUCAAUGGCGCAAGUUAUCUGAAAGUGGAGAUGAAACACUUUUAGAGACAAAAAGUGGUCGGCUCAUUUAUGGUCCUCUUAGCUUACUUUCUUCAUCAGCAAGUAAUUGUAAAAAGAGCGUAUUGUCGUCUAGUUCUUCAGAGAUAUCUGAUCUAUCAGACUGUGUUAGUUCAAAUGAUGACGAUGAUGAUCAUAAUGAUAAUGAUGUCGAAGAACAACAAGACGAGGAAGAAGAUGGAGACGUAAAAGAAGUGACGAAAUCAACUCCUUCUGAGAACAAUGUCAAACGGAUAUCUGCUUCGCAUAAAACUAUACAAAAUACCAAAAAUAUGAAUAAUGAAAAGAAUAAAUUAACACCUCCUUCUAAUUCUGAAGUAAAAGAACUAACGGAUAACUUUGAAGAUUUAUACCUAGCGCAUCAAAAUUGGCAUAGACGUGUACGCGUAGCCAUAGCUUCAGGUGAUGUGGUGAUUUUACGGUCUCUAUUACCAAAGACUAGCGUCUCCAGUGUUGUAAUGAAUCAAAAUCAUGAUUCCAUUGAAUCAGAAAGUGUUCACGGUGCAAGUGUUUCUCCGACGACUACAACAACAACGACUACUACUACGCCGACAGUGAUUGCUACGACCCCCCCGCCUCCUCCGACUAUUAAUACGUUAACUCCCGAGUGUACAUCCCCUGGAUCCACCAUACCAUCAUCUGAUGCCUGUUCAAAGCUAAUCAAUUAUCCACUCACUGAUGGACGAACACUUUUACAUGUAGCUGUUGAAUUUCAAAGUGAUCCAGAAGUACUUCUAUUAUUACUUGAAUGUGGAUGUGAUCCUGCUGUCAGUGAUUCUGAUGAUGUAACACCCUAUCAAUUGGCAAUACGAUUGCAUAAAAAAGCGAUGGCCAACGUGUUUCGACGUUUUCGGUUUCAUCAACCAGAUCGUUAUGAUUAUGAUAAAGCUCGUAUCCCUGCUCCAUUGAAUCCAUCAAAAGAGGCUGCUAAAGCUGAACGUGAACGAGAACGUGCUAAACGCCAGAAACAACGACAAAAAGAGAAACGUGCAGCUGAACGUGCCUUAGCUGAACAACGAGAGAAAGAGGCUGCUGAACAAGCUCGUUUCUUAGCCUUAUCAGAUAGAGAGAAGCGUGCUUUAGCAGCAGAACGUCGUUUGAACUCUGCUAGAACAGCAGCAGGUGAAACGCCUAUGGUUUUCAGUCGUUGCUUUCAAUGCGCUUGUGAUAUCACCGGUAAGGUGCCGUUCACUUAUAUGGAUUAUAAUUUUUGUACACCAACUUGUUUGAAACAACAUCGCCUAUCAUCAUCGUCGACAUCUACGCCGACUGCAUCAACAACAACUCAUCGUCCAAAUCUGACUACUGCUAAAUGACAUAGAUGAAUGACACCUCUUCUCCCCCCCUUGUUUUCUUCGUUCCUUUUCCCAUGAUUAUCUUUUUAUAUUCAAAAUUUCAGAUGAAAUGCUUAAGAAGAAGAAGAAAAUAACAGAAUUAAUUGUACUACUUAAUUAAUCUCUUAUUAUUACUACUACUAUUAUUAUGUAUGACGUAAUAGUGUUAUUUCAUCUUUGUGAAUGAAGUGUAUGUACGUAUGCAUGUGUAUAUGUAUGUCUAAGUGGAUAUAUUUUCAGUUAAUUUGAUGAUACCCCGCUAACGCCCACGCCCCCGCCCCCGCCCCCAUCCAGUGCUAACCCUCGCCUAUUAUCUCCAUCAAUAUUAUGUAAUUUAAUGUAUGCAGAGCCUCAGUCACUUUGUGUGUGUGUGUGUAUUCUCGCCUAUGCCUUACUCGACCAACCAACGGGUUGAAUUUUUGAUUUUAUUUUGUUUGGAGGAGAUAAAGCAUCUUUGAAAGAACAUGGAGAGACAGUCAUGCUUUAUUUGUCUUUCAUUGGCUUUUUUGUUAUACCCUUCCUUCUCCACCUUCCCUGGAUGUUUCUUUUUGUAAUAAGCAUUUAUAAAUGAC